GGCUCUAGCAACAGCCACACGCAACUGCAAGAGCAACAGCAACAGCAACAGCAGCUGAAGUAUAAACUUUUACUAUAAGACACACAAGCGAACAAAGCGCAAAAAAUAACAAAAGACGCUCUACGGGUUGUAAUGACAAAAGCACAAAAAUAAAGCAAAACUUAAUAAGAAUAAAUAUUGCUGUUAAAGGCAAAGACAAAUACUCGCCAUAUUGAUAAAAACUUGCCAGUAAAAACAACAACUAAAUGAGAGGAGACAAUGUAAGCCGCGCAGCAAAUUAAAAAACAACACACGCCAAGCAAAAAACGUUGAGGAGAUUAGCGCAGCGACAGCAGCAGCAGCAGCAGCAACCAAUAAAUAUACACUGGCAACCACAAACACCGAAAAGAGACUAUGAAAAAUGCACAACAGAAGCUAAGUGAAGUUGAUGAUGAUGAGCUGUGGUUGCAACAACACCAACAACAACACCAGCAGCAGCAACUUGCUUUUAGAUUAGCACACAACAGCAACCAACUUACUCAACUGCAACUAAAGAGCUUAACUAACCAGCAACACAGCAAUAUUGCAGCUACAGCAGCAGCAAGAGACACGCUAACAGCAUCAAUCGGCAAAAGUGCAAUGAGCAGCGAGCAGCAGCAGCAGCUAGACAGCAAUAUGCUGUUGUCAACGGCUAGCGCCGGCAGCAAUCAAGCAACACAAAUAAACAUAAGACUGUGCGCACGCAAGCGACAAAGAUUACGUCGUCGUCGAAAAAGAAAACCAAUAGCAGCAUCAACAACAACAACAUUUAGCAAUAGCAACAGCAAUCAAAGCCCAGCAGCAACAUAUUUGUCAGCCUGCAGCAGUCGCAAUAGCGCAAACAUUUUCUAUGGCCUUUGGCCAGCAAGCUUUAACCUCGUGAUGCAAAUGUUGUUGCCGGCACUGGGACAAUUGCAGCUGCAGCUUAAGGAGCGAGCCGCAGCUCUGCUUCGCAUCAUCAGCAGCAGCGCCAUCAUUUCCUAUGCCUAUUGCAGGCGCAGCAAUCAUAGCAGCAGCAGCAGCAGCAGCAGCAGCAGCAGCAGCAGCAAUCAUACCAACAGCACCAACCAUUACAGCAGCAGCAGCAGUCGUACUUCAAUAAUCAACCGACUUAAUAAGCACUCAUGGAUAUUUUUAUUGAUAUACUUGAAUUUAUCUGCUAAAGUUUGCUUAGCAGGAUAUCAUGAAAAGAGACUGUUACAUGAUCUUUUGGAUCCUUAUAAUACACUAGAACGUCCGGUACUCAAUGAAUCGGACCCGUUACAAUUAAGCUUUGGUUUAACUUUAAUGCAAAUUAUCGAUGUGGACGAGAAAAAUCAAUUGCUGGUCACGAACGUGUGGCUCAAGCUGGAGUGGAACGAUAUGAAUCUGCGCUGGAACACCUCGGAUUACGGCGGCGUCAAGGAUCUGCGCAUACCGCCGCAUCGCAUCUGGAAGCCGGACGUGCUGAUGUAUAACAGCGCCGACGAAGGCUUCGACGGCACCUACCAGACCAAUGUGGUGGUGCGAAAUAAUGGCUCCUGUCUGUACGUGCCGCCGGGCAUAUUCAAGUCGACUUGCAAGAUAGAUAUCACGUGGUUUCCGUUCGAUGAUCAGCGCUGCGAAAUGAAGUUUGGCAGCUGGACCUAUGAUGGAUUUCAGCUGGAUUUGCAAUUACAAGAUGAAACUGGCGGUGAUAUCAGCAGUUACGUGCUCAACGGCGAGUGGGAACUACUGGGUGUGCCCGGUAAACGGAACGAGAUCUACUACAACUGCUGCCCGGAGCCCUAUAUAGACAUCACAUUUGCCAUUAUCAUACGGCGUCGCACGCUGUACUAUUUUUUUAAUCUGAUCAUACCCUGUGUGCUAAUUGCAUCUAUGGCACUGCUUGGCUUCACCCUGCCACCGGACUCGGGUGAAAAGCUAUCGCUGGGCGUUACUAUUCUGCUCUCGCUGACCGUGUUCCUUAAUAUGGUUGCCGAGACAAUGCCGGCCACUUCAGAUGCGGUGCCACUGUUAGGUACAUAUUUCAAUUGCAUAAUGUUUAUGGUAGCUUCAUCCGUUGUGUCAACGAUUUUAAUAUUAAAUUAUCAUCAUCGAAAUGCUGAUACGCACGAAAUGUCCGAAUGGAUACGCAUCGUAUUUUUAAUCUGGCUACCCUGGAUAUUGCGCAUGAGUCGUCCGGGACGACCGCUGAUAUUGGAAUUCCCGACAACGCCCUGCUCGGAUACCUCGUCCGAGCGCAAGCAUCAGAUACUCUCCGAUGUUGAGCUGAAAGAGCGCUCAUCGAAGUCGCUGCUGGCCAACGUACUCGACAUUGAUGAUGAUUUUCGCCACAAUUGUCGCCCCAUGACGCCGGGCGGAACACUGCCACACAAUCCGGCAUUCUAUCGCACGGUUUAUGGGCAAGGCGACGAUGGCAGCAUUGGGCCAAUUGGCAGCACACGUAUGCCCGAUGCGGUCACACAUCAUACGUGCAUCAAAUCAUCAACAGAAUAUGAAUUAGGUUUAAUCUUAAAGGAAAUCCGCUUUAUUACUGAUCAGCUACGUAAAGAAGACGAGGACAAUGACAUUGCCAAUGAUUGGAAAUUUGCAGCUAUGGUCGUUGACAGACUGUGCCUUAUCAUAUUCACAAUGUUCACAAUAUUAGCCACAAUAGCUGUACUACUAUCAGCACCACAUAUUAUUGUCUCGUAGCCAUAUGGGCGAGGUGGUUAUUGUUAUUGGUUUUAUUAUAAAAUCAAUUUGU